CUUAAGUGCAUGUGGUUGCAGGAGAAUAGUUUAUUCAAGUGAGCAUUAGUCAGUCAUGAAAAUAUUCAGUGGAUGGCGUCGUUUUGUUUUUUGUCUUCCUUUAGUUUUCCUCCUCACUCAUCUGUUGUCUGUUACGGAGUUGCACAAGAACCCAGAAAUGGAGGAAACCCACAAGCAACUAAACAAGAAAUUUGAUCAUCUUGUUUUUGGUCCUGCUGCUGGCCAAGGCUUGUCAAAUCGAUUGCAAUGCGAAGGGACAAAAGCUCUUAACAGGACCCAUUCUUCUAACAGCAGAUCAGGGGUAGAUGGAAGUAUAACAUUUGUCACUGUCUUUACCAUUUAUAAUUCCUCUCUCAAUAAUGUUGAUGAUAAAUCAUCGAACACAAUUGUUGGUAAUGCUUCAUAUAAUAAGGUGGGCAGGUCUAUGGCUGUGUUGAAUGUCUUCAUUAACUUCAUUCAGGUGGCGAUGCCCCAGAGCAAAGUGAUUAUUCUCACAGAUCCAAUUUCUGACCUCUCAGUGCAUAGAAAUGGGGUCUCUGUUUAUCCUAUACAAGGUGAAUAUUCACGAGACAAGUUGAUGCUCCAAAGGAUCAGGUCUUACAUUACCUUUUUAGAAACAAGGCUUCAGAUGCUUUCUCAGAAGCCAAGGAUUAUCACCCAUUACAUCUUCACUGAUUCUGAUAUGGCAGUGGUUGAUGAUUUGGGGAAGAUUUUUCAUGAACAACCUGAUUUUCAUCUGGCUCUGACCUUCAGGAACAACAAGGCCCAACCUUUGAAUUCAGGAUUCAUUGCUGUAAGGGGUACCCCUGAUGCAAUUUUAAGGGCAAAGCUGUUCCUACAAGAGGUUUUAAAAAUUUAUACCUCGAAAUACAUGAGUGCUUCCCGCAUGCUGGGUGAUCAGUUAGCUCUUGCUUGGGUUGUGAAGUCAAAACCUAACUUUGACACAAGCAGGUUUGCCAAAGCACUUGCUUUCUCUGAAGACAUUGGUGGUACUUCAGUAUUGUUCUUACCCUGUGCCCUGUACAACUGGACUCCCCCUGAGGGUGCUGGUCAAUUUCAUGGCAUGCCAUUGGAUGUUAAGGUAGUUCAUUUCAAAGGAUCAAGGAAACGUCUAAUGCUCGAGGCUUGGAAUUUUUAUUCUUCUUCUCCUGACAUUGAAGACAUGUUAUGCCUCAUUUUGGGAAGUGGAAGAACAAAAUAUGAUUUUUGAGAUUGAUUGUUCACUCCUUAAAGUUUCACACAUCAUAUAUUGCAGCAUCUUGUGACACCAACGGCUCCCGAUUUCAUCCAGAAAAAUUCAGCUAUUGCAUGUGGCAUUUCCCAUUUUAAUCGGUGAUAGGGUACUGAAUUGAUAGCUGCAAACCAGAUGGUAACAACUGGACCCUUAAAUGGGUUUGAUUUGUUCUUCUACUUUGGAGAGAUAUUUUCAGAAGGCACAGUUUUCCUGCUCCAGCAUAUCAAAGAGCAUGUGGACUGAGAUUUUUCGGUUUGAAGUGAUACAGACAUAUAUGCAUUCUCAUGCUAUUGGAAAAGAUAUUUAAAGAGUUUGAAUUGCUUCCAAAUGGCCCACCUGGUUGAAUUUGAUCACAGAAUAUCUAGAGUAGGCCAGUUAGCAUCAUUUAACCGCCCUGUGCAGUGAACUACACUCUGAAAAUUGGUAUUCUGCAGUUUAUACUAAACAAUAUUGUUAUAAUCAGUUUUUUUUAGAUCAUUAAUUUCUGCUAAGCACUGCUGAUUAAAUGAGAAACGUUUGAAUGCAGACCAAAUAGCACUUAUUGAAGCUUAAUGUAAUGCUCUUUUUAGUAGGUAAUUUCUAACAAGUGCUCUUUAGUCUGUAUGCAAAUGGGAUAUGUGUAUAUAAGAUCUUAUACAAUGUGAACGUCUUCACUUUAGAAAAUAUAUAGUGGAAAACUAAAUUUUGCGUUAAAA